AUUUAUUUUCUCUUUUUCCUUUUCUUUUGCUUUACUUAAUUGUAAUUUAAUAAGACAAACAAGUUGUAGACAUUAGGUAAGCAAUUUAUUUCUUAAGCGUGCCGGAAAUGCAAGUAACAGAAUACUGACCUGCAGGCACUAAUUGGGCAAUUCUUUCCAAAGAAUUAAAAAUGCAAUACUUGCAUUAAUAUUGUAAAACUUAGUAUAAUUAAUUGAAUUGUAAAAAUAAAUUUUCAGUCUAAAACUGGAGUCCAAUAAAGCGGUGCAUUAGCUCCGAUCUUUUUUUAAAAACUCAAUUCGACUUUCGAAUUAAAAACUGGCGCCCGAGCAGGGACCAGUCGCGAAAAAGUGUAAAGUGUUUAAAAGUGUCUGUGAAAGGAAGAAAUUAAAAGUUGACUUCCCAACGGCACCAACCCUACUAAGUGUCUGUGAAAGGAAGAAAUCAAAAGUUGACUUCCCAACGGCACCAACCCUACUUUCCGACUGGUCAUCAGGAUUUCCAGCAGACUCAGGCUCUCUUGUGUUCGUCCGGAGACCACCUCGCAUAGAAGUGUUGCAGCAGGAGCCGCAGUAGGUCUAACCGACCAAAAAGGAAUACAUCCGUGCAGCCAGCGAGGGAAGAGUAGUUCAAUGCUACUCCUACUAUUAAUAAUACCACUCGCCACAGGCGAGUUCCGUAUCCUCGAUUAUACAAACUCACAACUUGCAACCUUUAAUACAGGAUGGACCAAAAUCCAAAAUGGCACCUACAAAAUUAUACAUACAAUAGACACGGACGAAUACCAAAGGACUUUGAACGAACUCAACUCCACGAUAAGACACAAAAUAACUCCCGACAAUUCCUUACUCCCCUUCUUGCUCCAUGAAAUGUCCGAAAUACAAAGUUUCCUAAGUAGAUUAAAGCCAAAGGUAAACAAGAGAUCCAUAAACGCAAUUGGUACCGCCUGGAAAUGGCUCACAGGGAGCCCGGAUCACGAAGAUCUCGUUAUGUUAGAAAAUCAUAUUAACAAUUUACUUGAAAAUAACAAUAACCAAUUAAUAAUAAAUAGAGCAAUGAGCGGAAGAAUAAAUAAUAUAACGGAAGUGUCAAAUAAAAUAUUUAAAAUAUUAAAAGAUAAGGAAGAUGUUCAGCAUGAUAUGGCUGUAAACAUUAAAUUUAAGCUACAAUUAAUAAAAGAUGAAAUCAUAAAUAUCAAUUAUGCAAUACAUUGGGCCAAAGUUGGCAUUGUAAAUUCAUAUAUAUUUUCUAACGUUGAAAUGAAACUAAUAAAAGAAAUUAUUGAGAAAAAUAAUAUUCCCUUCACUAAUAUAGAAGAGGCAUUUGAAUUCAGUAACGUUAAGAUAGCCUCUAGUAAUUCUAAGAUUGUAUACUUAAUUGAAAUCCCAAUAACUGACAACAAUUUAUGUGAAUCCCUAUUAAUAAAAGCAAUAAAGAAAGGUAAUAGAUUAUAUAAAAUACCAUUUGAAAAAAUUAUAAGAUGUCAAAAUAAAAUCUUUGGAAAGAAAAGCAACUGUAAAGAACAUAAUGAAAUUAAAAUUUGUACAAAGGAAAAUAUUGUAGACAUCAGUAACUCCACAUGCAUUCCUCAUCUACUCAAAAGCCGAUCGCCUAGCUGCAUUACGAUUAACAACCAACACAUUCCCACUGUCCUAGAAGUCCUCCCAGGAAUAAUACUUUUAAAUCGAUUUAACGACACCGUUCACAUCGACAAGGAGAAGAUUAACUUAACUGGAUCAUUCGCAAUCCAGUACCACAACUCCACCAUUAUAAUAAACAACCAAACAUUUCUGUCUAAAGAAAUCUCCAGCGGAAAACCCCUUCCUGCAGUUCUACAACCAAAUGCAACACUUACGGCCGAAGAAGAAUUACUAAGCCUGGAAAUGAUGAAAGAACUUCACCUAAAAAACAUAAACUAUAUCGAGACUCUAAAAAAUAAAGGAUUAACAACAUCAAUAGUCAAUUUUGGGAUAUCUGGUAUAACUUUAACUCUAAUGGCAAUCGGGGUACUAAAACUAACUUCAACGAAAGGCCCAAAGCAAGGGGCCAAACACGUCUCCGAAUUUUUCAAAAGGGCCCCAUUACAAGAGGUAACAGUUAAAAAUUUCCAACAACCCGAACCACAUCCUGAAGAUUAUCCUACUCAGACGCACGAGGACGUUCGUUUUUAAAUGCGGAGGAGUUAACACGCGCUACAUUUAUUUUCUCUUUUUCCUUUUCUUUUGCUUUACUUAAUUGUAAUUUAAUAAGACAAACAAGUUGUAGACAUUAGGUAAGCAAUUUAUUUCUUAAGCGUGCCGGAAAUGCAAGUAACAGAAUACUGACCUGCAGGCACUAAUUGGGCAAUUCUUUCCAAAGAAUUAAAAAUGCAAUACUUGCAUUAAUAUUGUAAAACUUAGUAUAAUUAAUUGAAUUGUAAAAAUAAAUUUUCAGUCUAAAACUGGAGUCCAAUAAAGCGGUGCAUUAGCUCCGAUCUUUUUUUAAAAACUCAAUUCGACUUUCGAAUUAAAAACUUGUAUAACACAGUGAACGCCGACAAGAGCAGAGAGCAAAGCCGAUGGGUGCGAGAAAACAGUUUCAAAGCAUUUUGCGCGCUUUUUUGCAUUGUUGAUGUUUACUUUUUAGAGUGCAGUUGUGUUUUUUAAUGGUUUAAAAAUAAACAAAAAUGGAUAUCGAUCAAAUAAUAAGUGAAAUUUUUUCCCGGCCUGCUUUGUGGGACCAAAAAAACAUUACCUCAGAGUCACUAUCAAUCUUUCGCAAGAAGUUACUGGCACCUUAAUAAAAUUUGUCCAGUUUUUGUUUAGUUUCACACCUAUCUUGUCCAGAAUAUAAUCAAAUGUUUCAAUUUUCAUUCGGGUAUAUUGUUGAAAUUUAGCUGGAUAUUUUCUUAAAUCAUUAUAUAAAUGAUGAAAUUCACCAAAUUCAUUCCUUUUUAGUGUAAUUGGAUGUUUUCCAAACUCUUUUGUGUUAAUAAUUGCAUUAAUCACACUAGGAGAAGCAAAAUACUCGUCAUCAGAUGAAUCCAUUACCGUGUACAGCAAUUUUAUAAACACAAAUGAACAACAAAAUUAAAUGACAUAAGAGCAAAACA